AUGCUGAGGAGACAGAGAACUGACUCUCUUCUAACUGUUUUGCUGUGGCUUCUCUUCUUCAUUGCCAUGACAAUGAAACAGGCUUAUGGACAAGCCAUUUGCAGUCAAGAAAUUCACCAAAUUGUGCGAAAAUUCAUUAAGGAGGAAGUUCACAAGAUGGUAAUAAAAUGUUUUCAGUAAAAAAAUAAAACAACAUAUUACCUCAUUAAAUAUACACUGAGUGUACGAAACAUUAGGAACACCUUCCUAAUCUUGAGUUGUGCCCCCUUUUUCUCCCAGAACAGCCUCAAUUCGUCGGGAAUGGACUUUACAAGGUGUCGAAAGCGUUUCAAAGGGAUGCUGGCCCAUGUUGACUCCAAUGCUUCCCACAGUUGUGUCAUGUUGGCUGGAUGUCCUUUGGGUGGUGGACCAUUCUUGAUACACACAGGAAACUGUUGAACGUGAAAAACCCAACAGCGUUGCAAGUUUUGACACACUCAAACCGGAUUUAACAAGUGACAACAAUAAGGGAUCAUAGCUUUCACCUGGAUUCACCUGGUCAGUCUAUUUAAUGGAAAGAGCAGGUGUUCCUAAUGUUAUGUACACUCAGUGUCUGAUGGAAUACAAUCAAAUCACUGUACAAUCAACAUCCAUCUGUUUCAGCACACAGUUUCAAUACUUUUUGACUGUUUGUUUUUAUGUUUACAUUAUCCAGAUAGUGUUGUAGCCUAUAUUAUUCUCUCUCUUACCAGGAAUCAUUUGAUUGCAGGCUGUACACCCCAACUUUAGCUGAUUAUAAGGUAUGUGGUUUCUUUUUAUGUGUUAUUUCUGCAUACCUGUAAGGGUUGGUGUGAGGUGUGACCCAGGUGCGGUGCAGGAUAUACAGUAGGCAGUAGGCAGAGAUGGUGAAACAAGGAUCUUUACAGGUGGUCCCGAAGCCAGAAUACAAAAUAACGGACCUAGCACAAUAAAAGAAAGGCAGAGCAAAUAAUUCUCCAUAAACCGUCUGACAGCCAAAAUACGAAAUACUACCUAAGACUGAAACAAAUAACGAAACAGGGAGAACACUUCUCAAGUACCUGUUCAUAGGUCUCCGAUCAGACACUGCGUAGUACUGCUGGACAUAGAGAAACUAGCAGAGAAAACUGAGCAAAGGAACACAGGGAAGUGAGGGCAUAAAUACACAGGUGAACAGGUGGGCACAGAUGACACCGAUAAGAUAAUGAGUAGUCCAGACUGUGAGUGAGGAGGUGCCUAAGGUUGUCGGAGGAUGACACCUAGUGGGUGCUCCGGCACUGCGACCCCCUCCUGUAACAGUGCCCCCCCAGCUGUUCACCUCGGCGCAUCCGGGUGGAGGCGACGGAAUGUUGUUAACAGCCCUGGGUCCAGAAUGUCCCUCCUGGGCACCCAGGACCGCUCCUCCAGUCCAUAACCCUCCCAGUCCACCAGAAAUUGGAGACCCCUCCCCACCUGCCGGCAGUCCAGGAUCCGGUCCAUAGUAAAAGCCAGCUGUCCUCCAACGAGGCGCAGCGGGGGAACAGGAUGAGGAGGGGGAGCCAGGGGACUGGUGGCGACGGGCUUGAGGAGGGACACAUGGAAUGUGGGAUGCACCCGCAUGUUGGGGGAAGUUGCAGGAGGUAGGCCACUGGGUUGACUUGCCGGACCACUCUGAAUGGCCCAAUGAACUGGGGGGACAGCUUCCUGGACUCCACGCGGUGGGGAAGAUCCCACGUGGAGAGCCACACCCUCUGUCCCGGGUGAAAAACCUGCCUCCAGGUGCGGCGACAGCGACUGAUGUGGGCCUGGACCGACGGGAACGCCGGCUCCUCCUCUUGCUCAGGGAAUAGGGGGGGGGUUGGUACCCGUAUUGGCACUGGAAGGGGGACAGGCCGGUGGAUGAGCAGAGAAGGGUGUUGUGGGCGUACUCCACCCACGCCAGUCGCUGACUCCACGUAGCUGGGUUGCUGGAGGCGUAACACCUCAGCACCCCUUCCAGAUCCUGGUUGACGCACUCAGUCUGCCAGUUCGACUGGGGAUGGAAGCCGGAAGACAAGUUGACAGAGGCGCCGAGGCAGGUGGCGAAUGCCUUCCAGAACCUGGAGGUGAAAUGAGUGCCCCAAUCCGACACCACAUCUUGGGGAAGGCCGUGGACCUGGAAAACGUGCCGCACCACCAACUUAGCCAUCUCCCAGGCCGACGGGAGUUUGGGAAGGGGAAUGAAGUGGGCAGCCUUCGAGAACCGGUCCACAAUGACCAGGAUGACUGUGUAUCCAUCAGAGGGGGGUAGGGUGGAAAUGAAAUCCAGCGAGAUUUGGGACCAGGGGCGCUUGGGGAUAGGCAGGGGUCGGAUCAGCCCUGCCGCGGGCUGACGUGUACUCUUCAUGCACGCGCACACCUGGCAAGCCGCCACGAAUGCGCGCGUAUCCCCCACAGUAGAUGGCCACCAGAACCUCCUACACAGGAACUCCAACGUCCUGGCACCCCCCGGAUGGCUGGUGAGGUCGGACGCGUGCGCCCUCCCCAAUGGACCUCCGGCCGGAUCGGGUUCUUGACCAUCCUGUCAAUUCCCCACAAAACUGGGGCAGUAAUCAGGGCGUUGGGGACAAUGGUCCACGGUAUGAGACGGUAAACCGGAACCUGGUGAAGAACAACGCCCACCUGGUCUAGCACGAGUUGAGCCUCUUGGCCCCCUGAAUGUAGGCUAAGUUCUUAUGGUCCGUCCAUAUGACGAAUGAAUGGGCGGCACCCUCUAGCCAAUGCCUCCACUCCCCCAGGGAGAGCUUGACUGCUAGCAACUCAUGGUUCACCACGUCGUAAUUCUGCUCCGCCGGGGACAGCCGACGGGAGAAAAACACGCAGGGGUGAGUCUUACCGUUCGGGAGGAACUGCUGGGACAGGAUUGCUCCCACCGCAACGUCUGAAGCAUCCACCUCCACAAUGAACAGCAGGGACGGAUCAGGAUGCCCAAGGACCGGGGUCGAUGUAAAGCACCAUUUAAGCACAUCAAAUGUGUUCCCCGCUUCCGGGAUCCUGGCGAAGGAGCGCACGCUCGUCUGGGUGAGGGCUGUCAGGGGAGCGGCUAGGGAGCUAAAAUUGCGAAUAAAUCGCCUAUAAAUAUUAGCGAACCCUAAGAACCGCUGUAGUUGCUUGAGGGAUGAGGGCUGGGGCCAAUCCAGUACCGCGCUGACCUUAGCUGGGUCCAUCCGUAGGUCCCCCUGGGUGACGAUGAACCCCAAGAAGGAGACUGUCUCUGUGUGGAACACGCACUUCUCCGCCUUGAUGUAGAGCUGGUGACGGAGAAGGCAUUGGAGGACUUGCCGAACAUGCUGCUGGUGUUCACUCAUGCAUGUCCUUUGGGAAUAUUAGAAUGUCAACCAAAUACACGAAGACGCUGUAGUUGAGGAUGUCCCGGAGCACGUCAUUGACCAACGCCUGGAACAUCGCAGGCGCGUUGGCUACACCGAACGGCAUGACUUGGUACUCGUAAUGCCCACUGGCUGUGUUAAAAGCCGUCUUCCACUCGUCCCCCUCCCUAGAAUGAAGCAUGUGUUAAAAAAUACACUCCGAAUCAUCCAUUCUGUUUGCAACAAGGCCGUUAGCUAAUACUGAAAGACAACACAGAAAAUAACUUUUGGGCCUGAGUUAAAAACUACAGGUUUGGGUGAAAUCCAAUACAACACAACAGAGUGAAACCCUCUGUAUUGUAAAGUGUUGUGGGGGCAGCAUCAUGUUAUUGGUAUGCUUGUCACCGGCAGGGACUGGGGAGUAUGUCAGGAUCAAAAUAAAUAUGAAAGGAGAAGCACAGGUAAAAAGCUAAAGGAAAACCCGCAUCAGACUUCUGAAUACCUAACCUUGGGAUAGUUUUAUUUUUCAGUGGGACAAUUAGACACAUGUUAAUGUCAAAGACACACCAGAAGAGUUUUCCAAGAGGUGUUGAGUGUUCCUGAGUUGUCCAGUCUCAGUCCUGACUUAAAUUUGCUUGAAAAUCAGAGACAUGGUUUGAAUAUUAGUGUCCAUCAAGGAUUCCCAACCAACAUUAGUGAGCUUGAGCAAUUUUGCCAAUUUUGACAUUUUCGACAUUCUGUUGUGUUACAGCUUGAAUUUAAAAUUGAUAAAAAAAUACAUUUUUUGGGUCACAGGCCUACACACAAUACCCCAUGAAGUGGAAUAAUUGAAAUGUAUUAAAAAUGAAAACCUGAAAUGUCUUGAGUCAAUAAACAUUCAACUCCUUUGUUAUGGCAAGCCUAAAUAAGUUCAGGAGUAAUAAUGUGCUUAACAAGUCACAUAAAUUGCAUAGUUGGUUUUUGAAUGACUACCUCAUCUCUGUACCCCACAUAUACAAUUAUCUGGAUGGUCCCUCAGUCGAGCAGUGAAUUUCAAAGACAGAUUCAACCACAAAGACCAGGGAGGUUUUCCAAUGCCUCGCAAAGAAGGGCACCUAUUGGUAAAUGGGUUUUAAAAAAAAGCUGACAUUGAAUAUCCUUUUGAGCAUGGUGAAGUUAUUAAUUACACUUUGGGUGUCCUUCCUAACUCAGUUGCCGGAGAGGAAGGAAACCAUUUAGGUUUUCACCAUAAGGCCAAUGGUGACUUUAAAACAGUCACAGUUUAAUGGCUGUGAUAGGAGAAUACUAACCUAAUUGACAGAGUGAAAAGAAGGAAGCCUGUACAGAAUACAAAAUAUUCCAAAAUAUGCAUCCUGUUUGCAACAAGGCACUAAGGUCAUACUGCAAAGAAAUGUGGCAAAGCAAUUCACUAUAUGUCCUGAAUACAAAGUUUUAUGUUUGGGGCAAAUCCAAUAAAACACAUUACUGAGUACCACUCUCCAUAUUUUCAAGCAUAGUGGUGGCUGUAACAUGUUAUGGGUAUGCUUGGAAUCAUUAAAGACUGGGGAGUUUUCAGGAUAAAAAAUAAACGUAAUUGAGCUAAGCACAGGCAGAAUCCUAGAGGAAAACCUGGUUCAGUCUGCUUUCCACCAGCCACUGGGAGAUGAAUUCACCUUUCAGCAGGACAAUAACCUAAAAUACAAGACCAAAUCUACACUGGAGUUGCUUAUCAAGAAGACAGUGAAUGUACCAGAGUGGCCAAGUUGCAGUUUUGACUUAAAUCUGCUUGAAAAACUAUGGCAAGACCUGAAAAUGUGUGGAAAAGCUCUUAGAGACUUACCCAGAAAGACUCACAGCUGUAAUCACUGCCAAAGGUGAUUCUAACAUGUAUUGACUCAGGGGGUUGAAUACAUAUCUAAUCAAGAUGUAUUAGUGUUUUAUUUUCAUAAUUUUUUUACAAAUGUUAGAAUUUUUCUUCCACUUGGACAUUACAGAGUAUUUUGUGUAGAUCGUUGACAAAAAAAUUACAAUUAAAUCCAUUUUAAUCCCACUUUGUAACACAACAAAAUGUGGAAAAGGUCAAGGGGUGUGAAUACUUUCUGAAGGCACUGUAUGUUGCCCCAAGAGUUGUACAAAGUUGAUAGAAUCUUAUUCAGAAUUAUUCACAGCUGUAAUGGCUGCCAAAGCUGCUUCCACCAAGUAUUAACUUUGGGGUGUAAAGACAUACAGUAUGCAAUCAAGACAUCUUUUUUUUUUUUAUUAAUUUGGGAAAUGUUCUAUAAUUUUCUUUCACUUUGAAAAUGUGGAGUAGGUUGUGUAAAUCUGUAGGAAUAAAUCCAGUUGAAUCCCUUUUUAGAUUACGUUUUAAGGCAGCAAAAUGUGAAGACUGCAAAGGGAGUGUAGGCUUUCAGUAGCCACUGUAUAUGACAAAAUAUGGAGACAUAUAAUAAAUGACACUCAUUGCGCUGAAGGUUAGACAAUAUUGAACUAUAAUUGUAUGAAUUUAUCAUCCUGGGUUAGUUAACUGAACUGUUUGGAGGCUUCCAUGCUCAGACCUGAUUAUUUAUUAUUUAGAUGUAUGAAUUAUUUACAUUUACGUCAUUUAGCAGACGCUCUUAUCCAGAGCGACUUACAAAUUGGUGCAUUCACCUUAUAGCCAGUGGGAUAACCACUUUACAAUAUGUUUUUUUUUUUUUGGGGUGGGGGGGGGGGGGGGGGGGGGGGGGGAUUACUUUAUCCUAUCCCAGGUAUUCCUUAAAGAGGUGGGGUUUCAAGUGUCUCCGGAAGGUGGUGAGUGAGUCCGCUGUCCUGGCGUCGUGAGGGAGCUUGUUCCACCAUUGGUGUGCCAGAGCAGCGAACAGUUUUGACUGGGCUGAGCGGGAACUGUGCUUCCGCAGAGGAAGGGGGGCCAGCAGGCCAGAGGUGGAUGAACGCAAUGCCCUCGUUUGGGUGUAGGGACUAAUCAGAGCCUGAAGGUACGGAGGUGCCGUUCCCCUCACAACUCUGUAGGCAAGCACCAUGGUCUUGUAGCAGAUGCGAUCUUCAACUGGAAGCCAGUGGAGUGUGCGGAGGAGCGGGGUGACGUGAGAGAACUUGGGAAGGUUGAACACCAGACGGGCUGCGGCAUUCUGGAUGACUUGUAGGGGUUUAAUGGCACAGGCAGGGAGCCCAGCCAACAGCAAGUUGCAGUAAUCCAGACGGGAGAUGACAAGUGCCUGGAUUAGGACCUGUGCCGCUUCCUGUGUAAGGUAGGUUCGUACUCUCCGAAUGUUGUAGAGCAUGAGCCUACAGGAUCGGGUCACCGCCUUGUUGUUAGCAGAGAACGACAGGGUGUUGUCCAGGGUCACGCCAAGGCUCUUUGCACUCUGGGAGGAGGACACAACGGAGAAAUCAACCGUGAUGGUGAGAUCAUGGAACGGGCAGUCCUUCCCCGGGAGGAAGAGCAGCUCUGUCUUGCCGAGGUUCAGCUUGAGGUGGUGAUCCGUCAUCCACACUGAUAUGUCUGCCAGACAUGCAGAGAUGCGAUUCGCCACCUGGUUAUCAGAAGGGGCAAAGGAGAAGAUUAGUUGUGUGUCCCAUUUAUAAUGGGCUUAUAACUCGAAAGCAUUUUACAUUACAUGAAGGUAACUCUCCUCUCUCACCACCAAAGAAAUAGACAUAUUUGGAUCUGUUAAAUCUGAUCUGGAUUCUUCCAGAUGUUUUACAUCCAUUGUUUGAGUUUCAUAUUAUCCCCUCUUCUCUUCAGCAGAAAUGCCCCAGGUCCACACUUGAAUGCUUUACAAAAGAAGUGAAGGUCCUGGUGUUAGAGUCUAGGAACAAGUCCUCACCCUUACACAAGAACAAACUAACCAGACGAAUGAUUUACUUGACGUCCUUGAUAAAACAGGUAAGCCAAUCAGUGUGAGGGAGACACAGGUCAGCUACAUUUGAUGUGCAUUGAGAUGUUUUUGAUUCUACCUUGUCCUUUGGCUGUCUGAGUAUAGUUUAAUUCCAGCUAUAGAGCAUAUUGUUGUCUAGGUAAAAAUGGAGAGAGUCUGAAUAGAUGAUUUGGACUCCCAUGUUGCUGUUUGCUUUUACUAUAAUUAUUCUCAGACAGUUCUCACACAUUUGUUUAACAUUUUACAUCUGUGUUUAUAAGAGAAACGUAAGCCUCAUGCCGCCAUUGACUAAUAGCAUAUAUAUUUUAAGAUACAAAUGGAAUAGUUGAGAAAUUCCAGCGGUACUAAGGCUGUGUUUACACAGGCAGCCCAAUUCUGAUAUUUUGCCCAUUAUUGGCCAAAGAGCUGGUCUGAUUGUUCAAAAGACCAAUUAGCACUGGGAUUCGAACCGGCAACCCUCCGGUUACUGGCCCCUUUCUAUGAUAUAUAUACUAAUCAACUGAAAUUCCAAACUUUGAACAAGCAUAUAUCCUGUCCCGUUUGAUCUACAGUCAUGGCAUAUAAACUCAGCAAAAAAAGAAACGUCCUCUCACUGUCAACUGCGUUUAUUUUCAGCAAACUUAACAUCUGUAAAUAUUUGUAUGAACAUAACAAGAUUCAACAACUGAGACAUAAACUGAACAAGUUCCACAGACAUGUGACUAACAGAAAUUGAAUAAUGUGUCCCUGAACAAAGGGGGGGUUAAGUAUCUGUUGUGGCCACCAGUUGCAUUAAGUACUGCAGUGCAUCUCCUCCUCAUGGGCUGCAUCAGAUUUGCCAGUUCUUGCUGUGAGAUGUUACCCCACUCUUCCACCAAGGCACCUGCAAGUUCCCAGACAUUUCUGGGGGGAAUGGCCCUAGCCCUCACCCUCCGAUCCAACAGGUCCCAGACGUGCUCAAUGGGAUUGAGAUCCGGGCUCUUCGCUGGCCAUGGCAGAACACUGACAUUCCUGUCUUGCAGGAAAUCACGCACAGUACGAGCAGUAUGGCUGGUGGCAUUGUCAUGCUGGAGGGUCAUGUCAGGAUGAGCCUGCAGGAAGGGUACCACAUGAGGGAGGAGGAUGUCUUCCCUGUAACGCACAGUGUUGAGAUUGCCUGCAAUGACAACAAGCUCAGUCCGAUGAUGCUGUGACAUACCGUCCCAGACCAUGAUGGACCCUCCACCUCCAAAUCGAUCCCGCUCCAGAGUACAGGCCUCAGUGUAACGCUCAUUCCUUUGACGAUAAACGCGAAUCCAACCAUCACCCCUGCUGAGACAAAACCGUGACUCGUCAGUGAAGAGCACUUUUUGCCAGUCCUGUCUGGUCCAGCGAUGGUGGGUUUGUGCCCAUAGGAGAAGUUGUUGCCGGUGGUGUCUGGUGAGUACCUGCCUUACAACAGGCCUACAAGCCCUUAGUCCAGCCUCUCUCAGCCUAUUGCGGACAGUCUGAGCACUGAUGGAGGGAUUGUGCGUUCCUGGUGUAACUUGGGCAGUUGUUGUUGCCAUCCUGUACCUGUCCCGCAGGUGUGAUGUUCGGAUGUACCGAUCCUGUGCAGGUGUUGUUACAUGUGGUCUUUCACUGCGAGGAUGAUCAGCUGUCCGUCCUGUCUCCCUGUAGCGCUGUCUUAGGCGUCUCACAGUACGGACAUUGCAAUUUAUUGCCCUGGCCACAUCUGCAGUCCUCAUGCCUCCUUGCAGCAUGCCUUUGGCACGUUCACGCAGAUGAGCAGGGACCCUGGGUAUCUUUAUUUUGGUGUUUUUCAGAGUUGGUAGAAAGGCCUCUUUAGUGUCCUAAGUUUUCAUAACUGUGACCUUAAUUGCCUACCGUCUGUAAGCUAUUAGUGUCUUAACGACCGUUCCACAGGUGCAUGUUCAUUAAUUGUUUAUGGUUCAUUGAACAAGCAUGGGAAAUAGUGUUUAAACACUUUACAAUUAAAAUCUGUGAAGUUAUUUGGAUUUUUACUAAUUAUCUUUGAAAGACAGGAUCCUGAAAAAGGGACGUUUCUUUUUUGGCUGAGUUUAUGCAGCCCCUCGUAAGCAACACGUUUCCUAUUUUUCAUUUUAGUCAUUUAGCAGACGCUCUUAUCCAGAGCGACUUACAGUCGCUCAUACUGGCCCCCCGUGGGAAACGAACCCACAACCCUGGCAUUGCAAGCGCCAUGCUCUACCAACUGAGCUACACGGGACAUUUGCACUUUUAUGGAACAAAGUGAAAACCAAUUUCAGAAUAGUAAGAAAUACACCAGCCAAAGUUUGCAAAAUGAUUAUUCUGUCAUCCUUUUUGCUAAAAAUGUAAAGAGCAUCAACUCAAGUCCUUUAAUAAUAUACAAUAAGCAGGUAAACAAAUGAAAACCUCCUCAACAAAAGCCACAGUCCAACUGGAAUUUCAAUUCCGUUGAGAUUUUCUGCAAAUUAUACUUUUUGUCCCACAUCAAACUUUGAACAAGCAUAUCUCCUGCCCCGUUUGAGCUUCAGUCCAUGUAAUUUUGCAUAUACAUGGACGUUUGUUUCCCAUAUGUUUUUCCAAAAAAGGCCCAAUAAACUCUGCGCAAUGAUUAAGGUCACUCCGAUUGACCACAUGGUGGCUUAAUUGUGGCUAUUGCAUGCUUGGCCCCCAGAAUUGCUGCUUGUAGCUAUAUUUUUCUAUAACUGAUAUUCAGAUUUAGACCAAAUAAGUAAAGCAUAACACCACAGCUCUGAUGACAUAUCUACCUUUUCUUUUCAUUGUUGACUCAAGUAUGACAUUGGAAACCUUGGUUAAAAAGACUGACAAAAAAUGUCAUGGCUGGCAUUAGGCAAAUUAACAUAAAUGUGCCUGCAUUAGAUAUUCUCAAUAUAGUUUUGUUUUGCGAAUACUUGAUAAUAAUUUAAGGUGAGUAUUCAAACAGUGAAAUAAUUUAAAAUGCCCUAGUAUCAUCUUACAUGCCUACUGUAGAGACCAUUUGCAUAAGUGUAAAUGAUAGAGACUGGUAGAUCGAUGUGAAUAUUUAACUGUCAAUUCAUUGACAUCGACCAUUAUGUUACUAUCAGUCUGAUCUCAUUGGCCCUAUCUCUUUCUGUGUGUUCUAACUAGUACUUAAAAUGUUAUCAUUAUUGCAUUAUUAUAAUAUUUAAAUAAUGAUUUCUCUGUCUCUCUCGCUUUCUCUCACUUGCUGUAUCAUAGAGCCUCUCUUUUUCGACAAUGUUAUGCCUAUGUUGUGAGUGUUUUCCUCUCUGUAUUGCAGGCGAAUGGUGCCAACUGUCCACACUGUGAGGUCCACAGAGAACAGGCAGUAAACGAUUUCUUAACAACAUUACUAGACAUUCUGGAGUGGAUGAACAAUCAGGGGUGU